CAUUUGUCAACUGACAUUUCGGCAGUAGUAAAAUCAAACACGAAAUCGUUCAAAACUGUUACCGAUUGUAUUUUAUUUGUCGAAAUGAAACUGUUAAUGUUGCCGAACGUGUUAUUUGAUGAGUUUCCAGAGGAUGAUACCGUCAAAUUCUGUAUAUUCACACAACCGAAAUAUCCCAAAGAAGAUUACUCGAAAUUCAGAGGAAUAGUGUGGUUUUGUUGCACAGAAGACACAUUUUGUGUACUGGCUGGGUUCAAGAAAAUACCAACAGAUUUGUUUGUAUUACUGUCAGAACGUCGAACGAAAUUCGAUUGUACACCGAGUUUCGGAAUACGUUGUAUUCCGAGUGGAAAUGUAUCGCAAUCUGUAAUGUUGCUAAUUGACAUUGGAGAUGAUGUCCAUUUGUACACAGGCCAAUUCACGCAAUGCCGUCAAGCCAUACUUAGACCAAUCGUAUUGCAUUAUAAAGACAAAUUGAAUGACAUUCACGUGGACAAUACCUUAGCAAAUUUUCGUAAACAUAGUAUCCUCUUCCCAGCAUGCAAACAGAUCAAAGAUAUUGUUAGCACUUAUAAUGGCUACAAAAUCUAUUUACUAAUGGAACUAUUUGGUUAUGAAGAGCUACUCUUCGAAUUGGCACGUGAAGGCGUAAAAAUUCAGUUGUAUGAACCACAGAAAGUUGUGUUCAAGAGAUGCAAUCAUGGUGGACUCUUUGAAUUUGAAGGUCCACCGCAACUCAGAGUAUUUCCAAACAUUUCGCAAGUAAAAGCGCUAAGGCAAAGGGAUUAUGAGAGACUUUUUGACGAACGCAAAAUCAUUUACAUCAAGUUGAUUGCAAUGGAACAUGAGCCGAGAUCUGAGGAGACCAUCAAAGGCUUAUUUCUCGUUCCUUACACACCACAUGCAACGUCGUAUGUCCUGCAUUCAUUAUUUCAAACACUGAAACCGAAACGUGUGCAUCCGUUGGUUCCUUGUGGGUUGAAUGACGAUCACAUGACCAUAAUACCAGAGGACAUUCUCAAUGAUGGCUGUCAAAUUAUCGAUAUCAACGCUAACGAUUCAAAUGCUAAUGAAAUAUGGAAUGAAGGCGAAGAGGCAGCAGAUGUGGAUAGUGCUACAUCCUUCCUGGACCUGUCAGAUGAAUAUUCAGAUGAUUUUUCGACCGAAGUCGACGAAAUGUCAAUUCAAGAAGUUGUCCAAUUGGAAAAUUUAAGUGACCAUGGGACUAGCAAUGAUCAACCAAAGUCAAUUAAUGCUGAGUGUGUUGAAGAAUUGCCAGAGAUCGAGGUAGUCAACGUUAAUAGUGAUCCAAUCGAAAUAUCCGAUGAUGAUCUGGAAGACAAUGACUUAGGACUGUCGAUGGGUGCCGAUCGUCAAGUCGAUACAGCGCUAAGAAGCACACCUGACGAAAACUUUCAAAUGAAUGAACAAACGGAUAGAAGUGAACCACUUCAAGCUGAAGACAAUGGGAUUCAGAAAAAUGUUGCUAAAAAUAACAACCGAUCUAAGCGCACAACUGAUGCAGCAUCGGUCAAUGUGUCUAACCAGAGCCAGAGCACGGUGACAUAUGGACAAAUUGGAUCCAACAAAGAUGCUCGAGUACAUAGCAAAUGUUCACGUUUCCAGAUUCGCAAGCAAAUUGAAUACCUCUCCGAUAGUGAUGAUGAAAAUCAUGAAGACGAGAGAUCUACGCCGCUCAGAAGCGGGCAAGAAGGAGGCGUUCAAGCUAAUGAAAGGGAGCAGAAUGAUGGCAAAAUUAACGAAAAAAUUGAGUACAUCAAUGUAGCUGCGUCGCAAACCUUGUCUAACCAGAGCCAGAGCUCAGGAGAUGAAAAAACAAAUAGUCCGAAUUCUACAAAUCAAAAUGAAUGUCGUGCAGAUGGCGACAACAAAUUUGAUGAAAGUUCAUAUGAGGAGAAUUCACAUUCUGAAUCUGAGUAUCAGCUAGUAUUUCCCGAUUAGAAAUAGAAUUGUAUUCAACGUGUAAAUUGGAAACUGACAAGACUGAUAAAUGUAAAAAGAAUCGAUAUCUCGCUCGUUGUAAAGCUACUUAAACUAAAAAACUAUGUAUCAUGAAUCACAUAAAAUCAUAUUAUGCAGCAUUUACGUGCAUUUACGUUCGACACUAGCAGUCGUUGAUAUAAAUGAACAAUAAACCGAUGAUGUCAUCA